AUGACUAAAAGCCGUGUUGUUGCUAAGAGACCACCCUUAGCUGAAGUUACAAAUAAAAAUAAUACUCUUAAAACAAUCUAUGCACAAGAAAUUGCUUCAACAUCAAGUUAUGUGGAAGAGACAACUACUGCUCAAACAUCCAGCUUGAAGGUGACUAAGCCCAAAAGGACUCAAAUUAGUACAAGAAUUACUGUGUUAAAAAAGAAACUUAAAAGCUUGAAUAUAGCAAAUGAGAAAUAA